CGGGUACAUAAGGGGCGAACUCCUAGACAGAGGACAUCGACGAUUCGUGGACCUCAAGACUCCGACUCGACGCCCUCCUCCGCUUCUCCUCGUCGCUACUCAAGUCCCACUCGGCUCAUCAUGACCUCCUCGGCGCUGCUCCUCUCCGCUAAACAGACGCAACCCCUGUUAAGGGCCCCCUUCAGCCUUCUGCGGGGUCCCAGCUGCAGGGGUCUCCACAGCGCGACCGGGGGCAGUGGAGCCCCGCUCAGAGAGAAACCUCAGCUCCAGCAGCAGCAGCCGGAGGAAGAUUUCCAGCAGCAGCAGCAACAGCAGCGACGGGAGAAGCCCAAGGGCAGCUUCUCGCAGUCGCUGGCGCAGCUCACGGCCGGGCUGGGCCCCGAGCACGCGAGCCCCGUGGCUCGGAGCCGCGCCACCCGCAUGAUGAUCGACGCCGUCGGCGUGGGGCUCCUGGGCGCCCGCACCGAGGUGGCGCAAAUCGCGCGGAGCCACGGGGAGCUCCUCUCGGCAGGGGGCCCCUGCACGGCGUGGGGCUCCAGCGGGGUCCGACUCUCAGCCUCGGCAGCGGCUUUCGUCAACGGGGUCUCGAUCCACGCGAUGGACUUUGACGACACGUGGCACCCCGCCACGCACCCGUCGGGCUCCCUGCUCCCCGCGCUCCUCGCCGCGGCCGAGGCGGCGCCCGCGGGGCAGAAGCCCUCGGGACUGCAGCUGCUGCUCGCGUUCCUCGUGGGCGUCGAGGUGCAGGGCCGCCUGCUGCGCUGCUCGCGCGAGGCCAACGACAUCCCCAAGAGGUUCCACCCCCCCACCGUGGUGGGCACGAUCGGCGCGGCCGCGGGCUGCGCGCGGCUGCUGGGGCUGGAGCCGGCGCGGUGCCUGCACGCCCUCGCCAUCGCGGCGUCGUUCGCGGGCGCCCCGCUGGCGAACGCGGCCACGCAGGCCAAGCCGCUGCACGCGGGCCACGCGGCGCGCAUGGGGCUCGAGGCGGCGGCGCUCGCUGCCUCGGGGCUCCACGCCAACGAGGCGAUGUUCGACCUCGCCGAGAGGGGCUUCGGGGCCUUCUACCCCGACUACGAGACCCCGCGCACCCCGCUGGACCCCUGCGGGGGGGCCCCCCUCCUGCUGGAGCAGCAGGACGUCGCCUUCAAGCGCUUCCCCGCGCACCUGGGCACGCACUGGGUGGCGGACGCGGCGUGCGCGCUGCGGGAGCGAAUCGCCUCGGUGUGCGGGGGCCACGUGGACACGGCCCUCAUCGAGAGCCUCGUGCUGCACGUGCCGCGCAGCGCCUACGUGGAUCGCGCCUUCCCCGCGGACGAGCACGAGGCGCGCCACUCCUUCCAGUUCGUGGGCUGCUCUGCGCUCCUGGACGGCGCCGUGACGCGCGCCUCCUUCGAGGCCCCCGCGCGCUCCCGCCCCGCGCUGCGCUCCCUGCUCGAGCGGACGCGCCUCGAGCACCCGCGGGACAACGUGCCGAGCUUCGCCCUCAUGUACGCCGCGGCGAGCGCCUCGGUGCGCGGCCUCGAGGUGUCCGCGCGCUGCGACUCCUUCCUCGGCCACUGGCGGCGGCCGCUGGGCCGCGAGGCGCUGCUGGGGAAGUUCGCGCAGAACGCGGCCGGGGGCGGCGUCGGCGAAGCGAGGGCGGCGGCCGCUGCCGCGCUGCUGGAGAGGGUGGAGGAGCUGAGCGACGCCUCCGAGAUCUGCCGCCUCCUGCACUGAGAGGAGCGGGGGGUGCGGAGGGGGGCAGG